GUCCCCGCCGUCUCUGCAGACCAAACCAUGGCUGGGCUCAUUUCCCCAAGACCACUUUCCUAUCUGCAGCAUGCGGGGCAGCUCAAUCCAUACCAGCGUGCCCUUUCGAGAUCCGGUUACUCAGAGACCCCACCCAUAGGCUCCUCCAUGCUGGCCCAUCCCGUCCCACACCAGUCUGUGGGCCAGUUCAUGACUCUGGGAAGUACCAUGUCAAACAACUCGGCAGCCCAGGAGGAGAGCAAGAUAUACUCUCUGGUAAUCGACUUGAUGGACCCAGCCGUGCGAGAAUCCGCCCUGCUGGAGCUGAGCAAGAAAAGAGAGCAGUAUGAUGACCUCGCUCUUAUCCUAUGGCAUUCCUUCGGAAUCAUGCCGGCUCUCCUCCAAGAAAUUGUGUCCGUCUAUCCCCUCUUGUCCCCCCCAAACCUCACCGCACACGUAUCGAAUCGUGUGUGCAACGCCCUCGCUCUUCUACAAUGUGUUGCUUCUCACAGCGAAACCCGUCAAUUGUUCUUGAACGCUCACAUCCCUCUCUUUCUCUACCCCUUUUUGAAUACAACUUCAAAAACGCGACCUUUUGAAUAUUUAAGACUCACAUCUCUCGGUGUAAUCGGCGCACUCGUCAAGCAAAAUGAUAAUAACACUGUUAUCCACUUCCUCCUUUCUACUGAAAUUAUACCACUGUGCCUUCGCAUCAUGGAAACCGGAUCGGAACUGUCCAAAACUGUAGCUAUCUUCAUAGUGCAGAAGAUCCUCUUGGACGAAACUGGGUUGACAUAUAUUUGUCAUACCUAUGAGCGUUUCUACGCUGUUGGAACCGUCCUCAGCAACAUGGUCAAUCAACUGGUCGAGACCCAGGCAGUUAGGCUUCUCAAGCAUGUCGUGAGGUGUUAUCUGAGAUUGAGCGACAACCUCAGAGCUAGGGAGGCACUGCGUGCCUGCCUUCCGGAGCCUUUGCGAGACCAGACUUUCAGUGCUCUUUUGAAGGGAGACAUGGUCACCAAAAGGUGCCUCACGACUCUCCUCAACAACUUGAACGAGCAGUAGAAAAUCACAACCGAAGAUACUGCGUAUAUGUAUCAUUUCCACUGUAAUCUGUAAUCUUUCCAGGGACAAUGAUCUUCGUAAUGAGAUAUCAAAAGUAAUUUUUUUCUUGUAGAGGAUCCCUUCAUCUGCGUAUUCCAAAGACUUAUUUGAUUAAUCAAGAGAUGGAGCCUCGUGGUAUAUGAUUGAUAUAUGUAGAAUACCAUUUUUUGUACUUUAGUUUCACCUUGCAAAAACAAAACCUAUUUUAAAGAAAA